AUGGCCCAAACAACAGCAAUCUCGCCUUUCUCACAGGCUGUUGUCAACGCCAUGCGGAAGCUCUACCCAGAAUCUUUGGCAGAUAAAAGCUUCGACAAUACUGGCCUACUCCUCGAAUCACCCUACAACCCCAACUCCCAACUCAAAAACACAGUCCUCCUCACAACCGAUCUCACCAAAGCCGUCGCCGACGAAGCCAUUGCUCGCCGAGACUCGAUAAUUGUUACCUAUCACCCCAUAAUCUUCCGCGGCCUCAAAUCCCUCACCCUCCAAGACCCGCAACAAAAAUCACUUCUACGCCUCGCCCAAGAAGGUAUCAGCGUGUACUCUCCGCAUACAGCUGUUGACGCCGUCCCAGGCGGUAUGGCGGAUUGGCUUUGCGAUAUCGUCAGCGGUAAAUUCGUCAAUUCCUCCUCCGCAACUACCACCGCUGGUACAAAAAAGUCUGGGAAAGAGGUGUAUUCGGAUGUUAUAUACCCCCAACCAACGGGCAACGCAACAACUCCAUCCGUCGACGCACAUACCCGUGAACCAGUCCACCCCUCUCCAGCCCCGGUGCCGACUGGCUUCGAAGGCGCGGGCGCUGGCCGGACUUUGACAUUCGCAACACCUCAAUCUCUGGCAACAAUAAUCGAGCGUAUAGGGGCUGCAACAGGUUUACCCGGGUCAGUAUCAGUCGCCAUCCCUCAGGGUCAAUCUAUAUCAUCCAUAACCAUACGCACGGUAGGCGUAUGUCCCGGUUCAGGGGGUGGCGUGCUCAUGAAGGGCGACCAACUACCAGAUUUACUCUUUACUGGAGAAUUGAGUCAUCAUGAAGCUCUAGCGGCGAUUGAGCGGGGCUCGGCGGUCGUGGCGCUGUUCCAUUCGAAUAGCGAGCGCGGCUACUUGUGGGAUGUCAUGAGACAGAAACUAGAGGAUGGGAUUGUGCAGGAGUUGGGGGCGGCUGCUGCUACUGAACAGAAAGGAGGGUUGGUGGCGGUUAGCAAAGCGGAUCGUGAUCCGUUUGGGGUCGUUGUGCGAAAGUAG